UGCUCGUCGGUCUACACGUGGGGAGGAGAGACUGACUUUCUUCAGGGACACGUUUGAAAAAAAAAAAAAAACUCUGAUUAUUAGUAUCGCUCUCGUCGUGGCGGCACAGAGGACCCUUAAAUACUGUGAAGCUGUUAGUGUCCUGAGGAAAUGCCGCUGAGGUUUCGUUCUGUUGUGACCUACACGCUGCCCGGGGUCCUUGCACUGAUCGGCUGGUGGUGGUACAUCUCGCGGAAGAAAGAACGGCUCAUCAACCAUGACAGCCCAGACGGGGCUCCAACAGCUCCGGGUCUUAGAGCAUCUCCAUCAGAGGGUAGCAACGGUUUGGUUGAGAAAGGCACUGUACCCCCCACAAAUGACACAGAAAGCCCUACCCACAGACCUCCAACGGUCAGUAAUUUGAGAACAGAACAUGAGAAUAAUUCCCAAAUCCAAGUCCAUGGCACUGACGCAGCACCUUCAAUGAAACAAAAUUCUGAAGAAGCUGCCCCUCACCUUGGCAGAAUAAAACAAGAGGAAGUCUAUAAACCGUCAGUCUCGACACUGCUAUCACCUGGCAAAGAGGACAGUCUGCUGGUGUCAUUCAAAGAUCACAAAGACCCAGAGAAAAGCUCAACACCUGACUUGGUAAAAGAGCUGGAGAAACACCCAGUCAAAGAACUAGCUUCUGCUCCAGAAGCCACAGUGGAAGAGGUCAUCUUGCCCUGCCAGUCUACCAAAGUCACCAGCUCCUCCCCAACAACAUCAACAAGGCAUCUGUCUGAUGCAGAAAGGCCAGAGCCAGAAGGGGAAGUUGCGAAGCACUACAGCACUGUUACUGCACAAGAUGAGAUGGUUGUUUAUGCAGCCACGCCAGCCAAAGUGCAGAGAGUGAUCCCAUCAGAGGCAGACUCUCUAGAGACACCCCCUUCAGCGCAGGAUUUCCAGCAACACAUUCUAACCAGCACACCUACCUCCCUGACCCCGACCUGCACAGCCCUGACAACGGUCCAAGACUCCCCCACCAUAUCAGAGACCCAAGAGGACAUCCAGGUACACAGUGACCAUGGAGAGGAGCAUGAUCUGGAACUUCUAGCAGCUGGACUCAUAACUGAAGUCAUCUCGGCAGCUACCCAGGAGAUCCUUGGUGGCACCAGCUGCCAAGUCACACAGCCCGUCUGCAGAAGCAGCUCACCACUUGCCAUUGGCAGACUGUGCUCCCAACAGGAGCCAAUCUCAGCAGCACCACAGCACCACCAUCUACUAUCUAGCCCCUCUCAGAUAGCCAAUGAGUCUGGACAGGCCAGAGAGAAGGGAGAGCAAGGGAUGCCUAACGGAUGCUCCUUGUCUCCAGUAUGGGAGCCUGUUGAGGUCAGUCACAGGGUUCAUCAGACAAACCAUGCACAGAGAGGCCAUUGGCUAACACCCUCGCUUCAAGCAGCACAAAGUACCCUUUUGCUAAACAUGAAACUGAAAGGUGAUGAAGCAGCAGCGCUGGCCGAUGACUCGGCCUGCAGUACAUGCCACUCGGAGGAUGGAAUCAGCAACGAGGACCUCCAGAACAGCAUGUUUGAAAACCAAAUUGAUGUGAUCCAGGUUACAGACUUGUCAGCAAAAGAAGCAUCACAGCCUCAAUCACUGGGGACUGCCCCGGAGGCAUCGGUGUUGGCUGUUACUGAAGAAAACUCAGUGGAUGCUGUGUGCGAGAUAAAGAGGCUCAAUGGAAUGGGCCUCAGGAAUGGAGCUCACGGGACAUGUGAGGCGGAGACGGACCAGUCUGGAGGCUCUGAUGUGAACAGUAUGGACUCGGUGGACAGCGGCUGCACUAUGGGUGCUGGGGAAAGCCAGAGCAACCACGCUGCCUCCUCGAGCUCUGAGCUCGUCAUCUGGGAGAUCGAGGUGCCAAAGCAUCUUGUAGGGCGGCUAAUAGGAAAGCAGGGAAGAUAUGUGAGUUUCCUGAAGCAGAACUCUGGCGCAAAGAUCUACAUCUCCACCCUGCCUUAUACACAGGAGUUCCAGAUCUGCCACAUAGAGGGUACGCAGCAGCAGGUUGACAAAGCCCUGUCCUUGAUUGGGAAGAAGUUUAAAGAUCUGGACUUGACCAACCUAUAUGCUCCUCCGCCGCCCCCACUAACAUUGCCAUCACUUCCCAUGACCUCCUGGCUCCUGCUCCCCAGUGGAGUGACAGUUGAAGUGAUAGUUGUGAACAUCGUGUCAGCCGGUCACGUCUUCGUCCAGCAGCACACCCAUCCCACCUACCACGCUCUGCGGAGCCUCGACCAGCAGAUGUUCCUCUGCUACUCGCAGCCGGGCACCCCUGCACUGCCCUCACCCGCUGAAGUUGGUGUGAUCUGUGCAGCUCCGGCGGUGGAGGAUGCCUGGUGGAGAGCUCAGGUCAUCACCUUCUAUAAGGAAACUAAUGAAGUGGAGAUCAGAUACGUUGACUAUGGCGGCUACGACAGAGUUAAGAUCGACUCGCUACGGCAAAUACGGUCUGAUUUUGUAACACUACCAUUUCAAGGGGCUGAAGUAUUGCUUGACAACAUCGCCCCACUUCCAGGAGAGGAUCGUUUCUCACCAGAGGCCACAUCAGCGUUAGAGGAGAUGACCAGAGGAGUGGCAUUGCUUGCACAGGUCUCAAACUACGACAACAACACAGGCCUCCCUCUGGUCCACCUGUGGAACAUGGUGGGAGAAGAGGUGAUUUCAGUGAACCGUACGCUGGCAGAGAGGGGCCUGGGUGUUUGGGUAGAUGGGUUUUGAACUCCUCCAUGCUCUGAACUCCAACCCCCCACCCACCCCCUUAUUCUCUUGUGAUCAGCUGUCUUGGACCCGGGUCAUCCUGAGGUCCCAGCCCCACUAGACAACACUGGUGGAUCUAAGAAGAUUGUUUUUUCUUUCAUUGCUCUUUUUUUUGUCCUAUUUUUCCCACCUAUUUCUUUGAAGAGAAAUUAAAAAUUGUUUGCAGGCAUAAUCUACAAGAACAGCACUGCUUCAAAAUAAGACAACCUCUCUUGUUCUUGUACACAAAAAGAACUUUAGAAGGAAAGGACCAGGUACUUGUAAAAAAAAAAAAAAAAAAAAAAAAAGAAGACAUUUUUAAAUCUAUAUUGUAACUAAAUAAAGGUUCAACCAAUAUUUUUUUUUUUCCUCCCCCAUCCAAACUUCAUUUUUGCUCUGGGCCUUUGCUCACUGACUGGAUCAUCAUGCGUGUGGAAGGACAAAUGCCUCCAUCAGACUUGUCGACACUUGUGAACAAUUUUGAGUUUCAUUGACACCUCGGUAACCGUUGUCUGUAGGUUAGAACAUUUCAAAGGAGAUUUGUCAGAUAUUUUAGGGUUCUCGUCUGGAUAGAAUGAUGGGCAGAAAGGCUGUAGACACUUAUGGCAAAGAGGAGAUGAGUUCAGAGGCUGUUCCCUGGUGGAGCACCGAGCACACAGCUGGUCUGCCCAGCAGUGCGGCAUCAAGAGACAUGGACUUCUCUGGGGUGUCCAUCCAGAGCCUCUGCUCCACCUCCAACCAGGACAGAGCUGGUUACCUUUGCUCUACCUUUCUCCACCAACUUGCACUGCAUUUUAGAGGAGCCAGGAAUUUCAACCUACCACACAAAAUGCAGUUGAACAGUUUUUCAUAUUGGAGCUCCAAGUUGGGGAAGAUUUCAUUAACUCCAUAUUUCCAGGAUGCAUUUUUCAGACAUCAUGUCAGCAAGGCAACAUACGUCAGGGCUGUUUGUUAAAGACUUUAAAGUUUGAACUUUAAAGAUCCAUAACCAUUUUGGGAUGGCACCUCCAAAUCCCAAAAUGAAGUGUCCCAAAAGUUGAGAUAAAAGUAAUUAACUCCUCGGACAACAAAUUAACGGCACCAUAACGAAGUAUGCGGUUUUUUUUAAAUCUAUGAAAACUCUUUGUAACAAAUGAUCAAACAUUUUAAUCUGAAGGGAAGUGAGGCUGCUAGAGGUCUGUGUUAACUCAUUUUAACAUGUUCGUCAGUUUACUAAAUGUCUCAUGGGUGUCCUCUGGUUUAAUAAUUCCAAAGAAAUGGAUUUUCUGAGCUGCGAUGCAGCGUUCAUACACUGUUAGUGAGUUUCAGUGUGCUGCUCUUACAAAGACUUGAGGGAACGUCCAAACUCCGACUGACAUGGGAAAGAAACACUACACAGGAGUUAGUUUGCAGUGCUGCUUGUCCGUGUUGACCUCAUUAACUGUUAACACACUGAUCUAAACCCAGUGUGUUUAGUGUGCAUCUUCACUGUCCACGUGUGUUCUCUGUCACCACAGUCAUUAGGGCCUUGUUCUUCAUGUGGAUGAGAUGGUUCCUCUUUUCUUUGUCUUAAAGAUAAUAUGGAUUAGUUGUCAUAGCCACAAGUCCUCAACCCAAACCCCUAAAUGUUGACAUAAUUGAGAUUUCAGGGGCCUGCAUCAAUGAGCUAAUUCACCUUGGUCUGGCUGCCUCUGGGAUCACUGGCUUCACUGACCCUAACGUUGGUGAUCCUGGAUGACUGGUAUCAUGAUGCUGGCUCUUAACUCUGGGCUCAUCAGAGCCAUGAGUGGAACACUUAUCAGAAGAGUGGGUCAUUGAGGAAGCAAAAGAAAUGUCUGUGGAAAUACACAACUUGAAGAGAAUACAAUUUAAAUAUUAAAGUAAGAAUAUAAAGUGUUGGAAUGAUGACUGUUUAAAUUAUGUUUGGCUUCUAACAUUAAGAGUUAAUGACGUUAAGAGUAUUUCUCUUUUUUUUUCUCUCCCAAGAUGAACAAAAUCUGAUAUGUGAUGCACAUGAAAAGUUUAUAGUAAUAGUCGCUGAUCAGGUCUAUCUGACCAAAAUAUUGAAUUUAUAAUUGUGUGGGAGCUAGUUAACAGUGUGUGGUUAUAUUUUUCUAAUAAAAGACAGCAGGGUACACCUCAUGUUACUGUGAGCUAAAGUGAUGGAAUAAGUGUAAAUGCAUCAACACUGUCUCCAAUGAAUUAAAGUGCGGAUGAAGUCGCAGUUAAUGACAGGCUGUUUAGUGUGAUUCACACUGUCCUGUUUGUUAGAAGCCCUGGUUUAACCCACAGUGGAUACAAAAAAGUGAUGCUACUAAUCUAUGGAAACAUGUUGCUCUUACGACUUUGCUGAACACUUCUAUCAAAGUCAGGAUCCAGUGAUCCGAUUGGUUAGAAGACGGGCAGUUGACAGAUUUUGAUUGGAUCUUCUGAAGUAGCAGGGCAGCAUAUGUUACCAGUUAGAAGUGAGCCAGUCAAGCCACGGAUCGCACUUUGUGAUACAGGCCCCUGAUGAAACUUUUCUUGUUUUUGAGAAUGAUCACGAUGUGGGUAUAAUUAUACAUUUUUUUGUAUACAUACCUUUGUUCUGAAAUAAGAGCGUGGUGUCACCCAUAAUGUAAUCCAAGGUUAACAAAUCAGUUCUUUUACGGUGUUUGAAAAAAACCAAUUCUGCUGGAUGAGACAAGAUUGAGACCAUUAUAGUUGAGGGCUGUAUAUUAGGAAAAGCUUGGCUUAAGUCAGCCUAACUCACCGGGAUUGAACUUUUUUAAAACCCAACCCCAAACUAAUGUGGUCAGAUCAAUUUAAACAUGGUCCUAGAAGACAGACAUGAAGCACGGAUCUCCUCAAUCCACAGUGAGGAAAACAGUCCAGAAAGAGAAAACUGUGAUAUAGGAACUUUGGAGAUCCAAGAUAAUUGCUACUUUAUGAAGCUAAACUAUGAAUGAAGGACAGGGUCCUGCUGAGCAGAGAGAACCACAGUCCCACAACAUGUUUCUAUUCAGUUCAAUUUGCACCUGAAUGUUUCCCUUGCUACUGUAGUAUAGAUUUAAUUUUGAUUCAUUUCCAAGAUUACUGUAAUUCUAAAUAACAUAAAAUGUCUAUUUCAUAUUUUUUUAUUAAGUCUCUUUUCAAUGAAAAAUGAAAUCACUGUUACCCGAGCAAUACGGCAGCUUUAUCUUGAAAUUGAAGGACAGAAUUCAGAAAGGGGUGGGCUUUAAGUUCUCCAUAUAACAUUACUAAAAACAGAUAAAGUUCUCUGCAUAACAUAAUACAUGUAAAUUACUCUUUAAAAACUCCUCAAUAAUACAUUGUGUCAAUAAUGUAACUCAGGAAUGGUUCAUUAGGUGGUUGGUUGGGGAUUGUGCUUGAACAGAUAGCAUUCCGAUGUAUAGGAAAUGAGGCAUUUUGACGAAGAAUAACAUAGAAGACAUUUAUGAGUUCUUGAAGGUGUCCUUAAGUCGGUGCUGGAAUUGGAGCAGUAGCCAUAUUGUCUGUUGUUGGCUUGUGUGCAUACUUCCUCUCUGUUGAUAAACUGUCUGUCCCCCUUUUUUUAUAUCCACACAAAUAACCCUCACCACACAACAUCAGUUUAAUCUAACUACAGUUUUGUUAAUUUCUCUGUAAAUAAGAUAUUUGACUGUACUUUUCUAUAACACUGGCAAGAAAGAGGUAUAAAGGGAAGAUUGUUGGGUAUUUUUUUUUUGUUUGGUUUGUCCUGGUUCAUCCUGCCUCCCCUUUUUCAGUCACUCAAUGUUCUCAAGCUGUUGGAUAAGUGUUUGCAUAGCUAGACAAGUCAUCAUUUGAUUAUUUAAAUGGGUUUUAAGGUUGUGUGCCCAAAAGCAUUUAACAUGUACAGACCAGUUUUGUUAGGCUCAUCUUAAGUUUGAUUUGUUGAUUGUACAGAUCUAUUAAGGGAAAAAAAUAAAGUUAUUG